CAGGAACAAGGGCUGAGCUCUUCGCAUUCCAGCCUUCUGCGGCUAACCACCGUCAGCUGGUACUUACGUAAGAAUUGUUUUCUGACUACAUGGUGUGCACCUGACCUUGAAGGCCGAAAGCUUUUUAAGUGAGGAGUGGGAUUAAAAAGAAGGAGGAUUAGCAGAUUAAAUUUGAUAUGUUAGUACUUUCCAAGAGACUGUAGGGUUAAAGAAUUAUCAAGAUAAACUUUAAUAAUUACUGUAUUAGAGCCACAAGAUUUACACUUAGUCUGUAUUGAUUUAUUUGUCUAUAUUACUUUUGUCUGUAUUGUCUAUAUUGAUACUUUGUAUUGUCUUAGGACUUGAUAUGAGAAAUAAAAAGAAUUGGUAGUUGCAUCUUUUAGUUAUUAAAAAUAAAAUGUUUAAAAUUCAUGUUUCACGAUGGAUUUAAAAAGUUGUGUUUAUACAUACUGACACAGUAACGUUUACCGUUUUAGCCAUCUUAAAGUCUGUAGUUCAGUAACAUUAGUGCAUUUACCAUCCCCCCAUCCUGUUGCUAGAACUUUUUCAUCUUCCCAGACCCUGAUGAACCCUGACUGCCCACUCUCCUCUCCCCCUGGCCCCUGGGAACAACUGUUUUACUUCUAUUUCUAUGAAUUUGAUGAGUUUUAAAAUUCUUUUCCAUAACUUAUUGUCCAAACUAAUAUGUAAUACUAAUAUCUAUGUGUUUCCAGGAAUCACCUCGUUUAAGAUGACCUUGGCCUACCUAAUGCAUAAUUGCCUUACGUUGGGAAAUGGCAGACACUUCUCAUUAAGGACCCGAAAUUAUCCGCUUCAGUCCCUGCUCCCAGCCAUCACUAACCUUACGUGCUCACCUCGAGAAAGAUCAUCUCGCUCAUUUAAGAAAACAGUAACUCUAGAAAAUGACUUUUUAGUGACAGGUGGGACCACCAGACUGUUUGUGCAGCAGCGGCACCGUUGUGUAUUCCCGCCCGCUCUGCGCGAGCGUGCUGGUUUCUCCAGGUCGGAGAACCCGUGAAGGAAGCUGUCGCCAUGGUCUGCUGGGCUCUCAGGAGAGUCACCCAGGUGCGUCCCCACCUGGCCCGGAAGGCCAGCGGCGUCUACCCGGGCCGCGAGCAUCAGCCUUUGGGCCCGAGGCCGGCCGCCCCGGGAGCCGCGGGCAGCACGGUGGAGCUGCUGGGCAAGUCCUACCCCCGGGACGACUACAGCAACCUGACCCGCAAGGUCCUGUCCAAGGUGGGCCGGAACCUGCACAACCAGCCGCAGCACCCGCUCUGGCUGCUCAAGGAGCGGGUGAAGCAGCACUUCUACGCGCGGUACGCUGGCCGCGCCGGGGCCCCGCUCUUCUCCGUGUACGACGACCUCUCCCCGGUGGUCACCACCUGGCAGAACUUCGACAGCCUGCUCAUCCCGGCCGACCACCCCAGCCGGAAGAAGGGCGACAACUACUACCUGAACGCCACGCACAUGCUGCGCGCGCACACGUCGGCGCACCAGUGGGACCUGCUGCGCGCGGGGCUGGACGCCUUCCUGGUGGUGGGCGACGUGUACCGGCGCGACCAGAUCGACGCCCAGCACUACCCCGUGUUCCACCAGCUGGAGGCCGUGCGCCUCUUCUCCCGCCACCAGUUAUUUGCUGGCAUAAAAGAUGGAGAGAACCUGCAGCUUUUUGAACAGAGUUCCCGCUCUGCCCAUAAACAAGAGACACAUACGCUGGAAGCCACGAAGCUCGUCGAGUUUGACCUUAAGCAAACACUUACCCAGCUUAUGACACAUAUCUUUGGAGAUGGACUGGACGUCAGAUGGGUGGACUGCUACUUCCCCUUCACUCAUCCCUCCUUCGAGAUGGAGAUCAACUUCCACGGGGAAUGGCUGGAGGUUCUGGGCUGCGGGGUGAUGGAGCAGCAGCUGGUAAACUCAGCCGGAGCUCAGGACCGGAUCGGCUGGGCCUUCGGGCUGGGGCUGGAGCGGUUGGCCAUGAUCCUCUACGACAUCCCCGACAUCCGCCUCUUCUGGAGCGAGGACGAGCGCUUCCUGAAGCAGUUCCGCGUGCAGGACAUCAACCAGCAGGUGACGUUCCAGCCUCUCAGCAAGUACCCUGCUGUGAUCAACGACAUCUCCUUCUGGCUACCUCGUGAGAAUUACACGGAGAAUGAUUUCUAUGACUUAGUCCGAACAAUUGGAGGAGACCUGGUGGAAAAAGUUGAUCUUAUAGACAAGUUUGAACAUCCAAAGACACACAGGACCAGCCACUGCUACCGCAUCACCUACCGCCACAUGGAGCGCACGCUGUCGCAGAGAGAGGUUGGGGGCAUCCACCAGGCCGUGCAGGAGGCGGCCGUGCGGCAGCUGGGCGUCGAGGGCAGGUUUUGAGGCCCCGCUUCCCGGGGCUCCAGGGUUGCUGAGUGAAGGAGAGAAGGAUCCUGUCUGUGGACUGAGGCAUCUGUCAUCCUGCGAUAAACCGGUCGGUUCCAGGACUCUCAGAAAAUAAAGGAUUGCUUUCAAGAA